UUGCACUUUUUGAAGCACAUGAUGAAGCACGAAAAGUUCAUUGAGUAGAUUCACCUCUGUCUCUACUCUUUCAACGGAAAUCAGGGCAUUCUUUCUGUCAAAGUGCUGCGCCCCACGUCUCUCUUCUUUUACAGACGCACUUAUAUAAGGACUGCGACGACCAGCAUGGCCUCUGAACUUGCGCUCUUGAGUGUCUCGGACAAAACUGGGCUGGUGGAUUUCGCCAAAAGGCUGGUGGACGUGGGACUGUCGCUGGUCGCUUCUGGAGGCACGGCCAAAGCUCUGAGGGAUGCUGGGCUGGCAGUCAGAGAUGUGUCUGACCUGACUGGACACCCGGAGAUGCUGGGAGGAAGAGUGAAGACCCUCCAUCCUGCGGUCCAUGGGGGUAUUUUGGCCAGAAAAAGCCCCAGUGACACUGCAGACAUGGACAAACUGGGCUAUAGUCUGGUCAGAGUGGUGGUGUGCAACUUGUACCCCUUUGUAAAGACUGUCUCCAAACCAGAUGUUACCGUGGAGGAUGCUGUGGAGCAAAUUGACAUUGGUGGUGUAACUUUGCUGAGAGCUGCUGCUAAAAACCACGCUCGGGUCACGAUUGUGUGCGACCCCAGUGACUACCCGGUGGUUGCCAAGGAGAUGGAGAGCUCUGAAGACAAAGAUACGACUUUGGACACACGCAAGACUCUGGCACUAAAGGCAUUUACUCACACAGCGCAGUACGAUGAUGCCAUUUCCGAUUACUUUCGUGGUCAGUACAGUCGUGGAGUUUCCCAGUUGCCUUUGCGUUAUGGCAUGAAUCCGCACCAGGCUCCUGCUCAGAUCUACACUCUGAGGCCACAGCUCCCCCUCAAAGUUAUCAAUGGUUCACCGGGUUUCAUCAACUUGUGUGAUGCUUUGAACGCCUGGCAGUUGGUAAAGGAGCUGAAAAACGCACUUGGCCUGGCCGCUGCUACGUCCUUCAAACAUGUCAGUCCUGCAGGAGCUGCCGUAGGAGUUCCUCUGUCUGAAGAGGAAGCCAAAGUUUGCAUGGUCCAUGACAUGCUGCAGGAUUUGAGUCCACUGGCCACAGCAUACGCCCGAGCACGAGGUUCAGACCGGAUGUCCUCUUUUGGAGACUUCAUUGCACUUUCAGAUGUUUGUGAUGUUCCUACUGCAAAAAUAAUUUCAAGAGAGGUUUCUGAUGGUAUCAUUGCCCCUGGAUAUGAAGAGGAAGCACUUAAAAUACUCACCAAAAAGAAAAAUGGCAACUACUGCGUGCUUCAGAUGGACUCUGAAUAUGAGCCUGAUGAGAUGGAGGUCAGAGUGCUGUUUGGCCUCUACCUCAAACAGAAGAGAAAUGGAGGUGUUAUUGAUAAAGCAUUCUUCAGCAACAUUGUCUCCCAGGGCUCGCUUUCAGAUACGGCUGUGAGGGACCUUACUGUGGCCACUAUAGCUGUGAAGUACACCCAGUCAAAUUCAGUGUGCUAUGCUAAAGACGGACAGGUGAUUGGGAUUGGGGCUGGGCAGCAGUCUCGUAUCCACUGCACUCGUCUGGCCGGAGAUAAAGCUGAUAACUGGUGGCUGAGACAUCACCCUCGAGUCCUCAACAUGAAGUUCAGAGCUGGUGUGAAGAGGGCUGAAAUGGCAAACGCUAUUGAUCAAUAUGUCAGCAACACCAUUGGAGAGGGUCCAGACCUGGAGGUGUGGAAGUCCAUGUUUGAUGAAGUGCCGGAGCCUCUUUCUGAGACUGAGAGGAAGAACUGGAUCAGUUCUCUGAAGGCGGUGGCUGUGAGCUCUGACGCCUUCUUCCCCUUCAGAGACAACAUCGACCGGGCCAAACGAAGUGGUGUUGAGUUCAUUGCCGCUCCUUCAGGCUCCGCAGCUGAUAAGAUCGUCAUUACUGCGUGUGAUGAACAGGGCAUCACUCUGGUGCACACAAACCUGCGUCUCUUCCACCACUAAGCCCCUCUGUUGUGUACUGUGUGUAGGACCAAAAUAUAUUCAACUAUAAGGUCAAAACCAUUGUCAAACACUGCUGUUACUCCAGUAUUAAUUCUACUGUUCUUGUGCACUUUUGUAACACUACUACAUUCCAGUUUGAACUGAUAUGUGCAUAACUAGAUCCAUCAUGUUUCAUCAUUAAAUAAACUAAUAUUUUCUCUAACAAA